AUGUUGUACGCUGAGAACGACAAGCUUAUCUUCCGAUUCGACGACCACCUCCUCUGGAUUCAACCAUGGGGUGAAGAUGCAUUCCGUGUGCGAGCCACCAAGCUCACCACCAUGCCUACCGAAGAUUGGGCUCUUGAAUCAAAGCCAGACAGCCCGUCUGUCACGAUAGAGACGCCCGUCGGGGAAGAUGCAAGCAUCUCCAAUGGCAAGAUUCGGGCGACGGUCUCUCAGCGAGGCAAGGUGAUCAUCUACGAUCACAAGGGCAAAAAGCUCCUCGAGGAAUACGCCCGACACCGACAAGACCCUCGCGACCCCAAAUGCAGUGCUCUUUUGAUUGAAGCACGCGAGCUACGACCUAUCCUCGGUGGCGAUUAUCAUCUCAAGCUACGCUUUGAGUCGCUCGAUCCCAAGGAGAAGAUCUUUGGAAUGGGGCAAUAUCAACAGCCCUAUCUUAAUCUCAAAGGGGCGGAUUUGGAGCUUGCACAUCGGAAUUCGCAGGCUAGCGUGCCUUUUGCGGUGUCAUCGCGCGGUUACGGGUUACUUUGGAAUAACCCGGGUAUUGGGCGAGCCACCUUGGGUAUUAACGUGAUGAGCUUCGAGGCAUACUCUACUCGUGCUUUGGACUAUUGGGUUGUUGCGGGUGACUCGCCUGCGGAGAUUGAAGAGGCGUAUGCGAAGGUGACUGGGUAUGUUCCUAUGAUGCCCGAGUAUGGCCUCGGAUUUUGGCAGUGCAAGCUCCGAUAUUGGAACCAGGAGCAGUUGUUAAAUGUGGCGAGAGAGUAUCGACGGCGUGAGGUACCGCUUGAUCUGAUUGUCAUCGAUUUCUUCCAUUGGAAGCACCAGGGAGAAUGGAGUUUCGAUCCUGAGUUCUGGCCUGAUCCCGAUGCCAUGAUCAAAGAGCUCAAAGAUCUCAAUGUAGAACUCAUGGUCUCUGUCUGGCCAACUGUCGAGAAUGCCUCCGAGAACUUCCCCGAAAUGCUGGAACGUGGACUCUUGAUUCGACAUGACCGUGGUCUGCGCGUGGCAAUGCAAUGCGACGGGGACAUCACUCACUUUGAUGCAACCAACCCUGAAGCCCGGCAGUUUGUCUGGAGCAAAGCGAAGAAAAACUACUACGACCGGGGAAUCAAGGUAUUCUGGCUCGACGAAGCCGAACCCGAGUACUCGAUCUAUGAUUUUGAUAUCUACCGCUACCAUGCUGGUAGUAACCUACAGAUUGGCAACAUCUACCCAAAGGAAUACGCCCGUGGAUUCUACGAAGGGAUGGAAGCCGAGGGUCAGACUAAUAUCGUCAACUUGCUCCGCUGUGCAUGGGCAGGUAGCCAAAAGUAUGGCGCGCUCGUCUGGAGCGGAGAUAUUGCAUCCUCGUGGGAUUCGUAUCGGAAUCAACUCGCCGCGGGCUUGAACAUGGGUCUCGCCGGUAUCCCAUGGUGGACUACCGAUAUUGGUGGCUUCCACGGCGGUAAUCCAGACGACCCAGCCUUCCGUGAGUUAUUCACUCGCUGGUUCCAAUGGGGAACCUUCUGCCCAGUGAUGCGGUUGCACGGAGAUCGAGAACCCAAGCCCGAAGGCCAACCGACCGCCAGCGGCUCAGAUAACGAGAUCUGGUCGUACGGUGAGGAGGUUUAUGAGAUUUGCAAGAAGUUCAUCGGGAUUCGGGAGGAGCUGCGCGAGUAUACGCGGGGGUUGAUGCAAGAGGCGCACAAGAAGGGCACGCCAGUGAUGCGUACGCUGUUCUAUGAGUUCCCGCAAGACUCAAAGGCGUGGGACGUGGAGACUGCGUAUAUGUUUGGCUCUCGAUAUCUGGUUGCCCCCGUUUUGGAGGCUGGCCAGCGCACUGUCAAGGUCUAUCUGCCGGCUGGUGCGAUGUGGACGCUCUGGAGUAAAGUGAAUGUCCCCCAGGGGGACAUUCCAAAGAUCUAUCAGGGUGGAAAUGAGGUAGAAUUGGACUGUCCGAUUGAGACGAUGCCCAUUUUCUACCGCGUGAACAGCUGA